CAUAAUACCUCUUAUAAUGCAUUCAAUGAAAUUUCAUCAGAUUACAAAAUAAAACAAUUGGAACAACAAUUAAUGGACAUUAGGGAAGAAAUUAAAGAAAUAUAUUUUAUUCUUUCAAAUAAAAAAAACAAAUCAACUUUGGGGGAUUUUGGUCUUCAAGCCCAAAAUGAAAAAUCUGAUAAAGAAAAUAUAGUUUCACCACCUCCGGCUCCUCCACUGCCACCUGAAAUAACGGAAGUGCAACGUAAAACACCUGAUAAGAGGAAGAAAAAUAAUAAACUACAAGAAAUAUCAACAAAAACUACAGUUACAAUGGCCGAUGUAUUGAAAGAAAUGAACAAAGUAAAAUUAAAGCCGAUUCAAAGAACACCAGGAGGAAAACCCAUUAGAAAUAUUUCACGUAAUGUAUCGAAAUCAAACAAUGUAAGUCCAGAUUUGCAAGCUAUCUUGAAAAGACGUUAUUCAGCUAUGCAUAAUAUUUCUCCUACAACACCUGAUACAUCUAUGUUAAAAAGAUCGAAUAGUCAAGAUUCAUUUUACGAUAACUUUUAA